UAGGGGAAAGUAAUGGAAAAACUUGAGAUGCGCUGAUAUGGGAUCAGGCAGAUUGCAGCCCUCGGCUUUAAAUCCGGGACAUUUCGUUCCCAGCGGUCGUGUCGCGCAUGGUUUGUUCAGUGUGCGGGCGUGGUUCUGGUUGGUUGUUGCAAUAAAGCGAAGUCGAACGCCAUAACUAACUCGGAAAACCGGACAACGGCCUUCAUGGCGAAGUCGUAAGAUAUUUUAACACAUGCUUCUUGGGUGAGAAUCCUUCCAAGCAUUCAGACUUUACUGUAAGGCUUCUGUUUGUGGUUUUACGCAUUUGCCGGACUUCGAGAGUUCCCACGAACGGCCGAGUCUCGUUGAGUGAAGCUUCAGCUUAAAUUUUCGAACUCUUGAAUAUCAACAUGGGUUGCACUUUGAGUGCCGAGGACAAGGCUGCUGUGGAGAGGAGUAAAAUGAUCGACAAAAAUCUUCGGGCAGAUGGAGAAAGGGCCGCCCGAGAGGUCAAGCUUCUUCUGUUAGGUUAGUAAUGAAUUGUUCCGUAGUCGAUCGAAGCGCACGGCUGAUGAAUUAUAUUUGGCUCCAACAUGUCGAAUGCGUGCACUAGCCAAUCUUUCCAACAUGUUCGUAAAGUCGAUGUAUUUGUUAUGUUGACUAUCUGCCGUGUAGUUCGAUCGUCUUAUAAGUUUAUCUUUUAAAAGUAAAAGCUUCGUGGAAAUAAAAUCGUUAGUGGUAGCAGUUUCAGUAGAAGGGCUUCGAAUUUGAUGCUGGGAAAUACUGAAUGUGCCGUUAGUCAGCUGGUUUUUUUCUGCCUAGCAACAUUUUAUGAUCACAUUUCUGGCUAUGAAUCAUUACUUACUCAAAUUUUUUAGCUUCACUGGUUUUUCUAUCAAAGAUGAAUCGUAGUUUCGGCUUAUCCGCCUUUGCAAAUGUACUUAAAGAGUUAUAUUAUUAAUUUUCCAUCCAGAGUGAGAAAAAUAAAUUUGCCGCCAUUAUGGAACGUUCUCUUGCUGCUCUAUGAAGAGUUCCUUACAUUUGUAUGAAACAAACGCUUCAUCUCUUGCCGUUAAGUUGGGCUGAAACAACGCGAAGAAAUCCUUUUUAAUCUUUUUUCGCCCGUCACUUAUUGAUCGUUCGUUCGAACGCACUUAAGAAAUCGCACCUUUAUAUUGCUGUCGCGAAAUAAUGAAAAGAAACUGAAAUUUGCAAGAGCCCCUUUUCUCGUUUCCUAUAUUUGUGAUCCUGUUUAGCUAAGCGUUUUUCUUGGAUUUAAUGCCGAAUGUGACUUAAAGUUCAAUUUAUGUAAUCGUGUGUACUUUACAGGACCAAGAAUAUUGGAUCAUGUGAAUCUCAAAUCGAAUAUAUCGGCGGGUAGUUGGAACGUGUUCUUUUCCAUCUCUGAGGAAAGCCAAAGGCAAAAUAUCGUCUCGUUUAUUAAGCAUAGCUGUCAUUUGUUACGCAGUUAGCAACACUUUUCCACGUAUCUAUAAUUUCUUGUCAGUGAUAUAUUGCGUUUUUUGAAAAAUAACACUGGUCUUUCCAUUGGGGUUUCUUCACCUUCAGCAAUAAAAACAGUCAUCUUAAAACUCGCUACCUAGGAAAUUUCAAGAUUUUGGUUUUUUUUCCCUUUUCAAUUCUAAAAGUUUUGAGAUGGCUAAGAACUGUUGCUCUUGUUAUUUUAACUUGGUCACCAUGGAUAGUUGAAUGUUUUCAUAAACAGGUGGUGACUGCUGUAUGAAGCCCAUUCAUAAAGGCAUCUACCCAUCCUGAUCUUGAAAUUACCCUGGAUCACUUUCUCCACUGUUUAUUUCAGUGAUCUUCCUUGUGAGAACUGGCUUUGACUUAUAGAAAUACUUUAUCUUUGAUACAAAUCAGUCAGACAUUGAUGUAUUGGCAAUAAAUAAAACUAACAUUGUAAAUUUGUGAUCCAUUUGUUGUGGCAUUGUUGUUUGCAAGUGUUAUAAUGUACCUGUGAUGUUCCUUAUUCAAUUGAUGUUUUGCUUCAACUCCAGUUACUUAAGUCAGCCAAAACCAAAUAGACAAGCAUGUAACGGCAUGACCACAGCACCACACUCAUGAUAUUUUAAAUUUUUUUUUUCACAAUAUUUAUUGGUUUUCAAAUCUCAAGGCUUAAAAAAAUUGCCAGUUUCUUAGAGCUGAUAAAGUGAUCUUUGCAUUAACUAUUUCUAUGGUCAAUAUUACCAGUAAGAGGAAACAAAAAGUUGCUCUUUAUUUAUUGGAACAAUAUUGACACACACAGUUUGGGUUUCUAGAAACAUUUGUAUAGUUUUGGUGAAAUUUGCCAGUUAGUUCCCUAUUAUCAAAGAUCACUGUCUUGUUAUUAUUAUGAUGAAAAUUAUUAUUAUCAUCAUCAUUAUUAUUAUUAUCACUGGUACUUUCUCUGCUCAGAAGGACAAAUAUAUUGCUCUCAAAUUGGACAGUGGUAUAAUUGGGUCUAGCAUUACAAUUACCAGAGAGUUGCUUUUGCUGUUUGAACAGUCUCUGUAUAUAGCACUGUCAUGAAACCAUGUUCUGGCUGCUUCAUUCUAUGGUGUUUAUAGGUUUCUGGUUUUAAAACCACUCUAAAGAAACACAAUAUUCUCACUUUCUUCAAGCAGUCAAUGAUCUGUAUAAACAGCAAAGUCUGAGUGCAUUUUUUGAAAAUCAAAUAAGACCUCAAUGUAGGAAAUGUUUGUUUUUCUGUCUGAGAUAGUUGACAGACGUGAUAUAUGGUCUGUCUCGUCCAGUUUGGCAGCAUGUGUAUCUACCUAAGAGAAUGGUAACAUUUUCACUACUAUUAGUUUGUAAGCUUACAUACUCCAACUCCUGAAAAGUCUUUUUUUUCUAUGGGAACACAAUGCAGUUACGAUACAUUCUACCACAUGCUAUUGAAUUUGUAAAGCUGGUUUGUUAAAUGGAGAAAAGUUCCUCUGACUGGGCUCAAUUUUGUGCUUUAUUUCAUUUGGGUACUUAACUGAUUUCUGAUUUUAGAUUUAAUUAUGGGAAAGUCCAAUUUUAUUUGCAUUUCUCCCAGAGGUGUUUUGCAUAAAUAAGGAAAAGUGAAUAUUCAAAAUAAACAAAGAAAUAUUUUUUGUCUCAAGUUAUUGGUUCCUUCCUUCAUUAGUAUGCAAAGUAGAUAUACAUAGUGUAGAUUGUGCAGAUCAUGUUCUCUUUCUGGAUCUUUGAUUUGAAAAAGUUUUGAGAUUGGAGCACAAGUCAAGGCUAUAGUUAUGUGUGGACACCAAAGGAGCUCUUUUUUGUUGAACAAUACUGUAGAGUUAAUCUACUGUAGCUUUGAUAGUCCAAAAUCACAGAUCACACUUUGAAUUAUUCAAUUAUUAAAACCACUGUGCGUGGUGUGCUUGAUUGGGAGUGUGCUGGACUGCCAUGGGGAAGGAUGAGGUUUACCUAAAUGGGAUGAACACUCUAGGUAUUAAAGCAACUUGAGAGAGGGGCUUCUCUUCCUCUGUAAUCAGUAAAUGAUUGAUUAUUCUAGUCUUUCUGGAUAAGGACUUAACCAACAUCACAUGCUGGUCUGCGGUAUUCUCUACCCUGAAUAUUAGGUUGUGAAUACUGUGCACAAGGAAAACUCAAUGAGCAUACAUUGACAGUAGAUUUCACAGAUGCAAUUGGUGUGUGGAGUCGUUGGUGGGAAAUAUUUCAUGCAAAAAAGUGAUUUCUUGUCUUUUACCUUACCUGGAUAUCCUAAGCACAGAUGCAUGCACCUCUAGCAAGGAUGCUGCUCGUGUAAAUAGGCUGCAGUUGUUAGAGAAGAGCUUGGUCAAACACAAUCCAGGUCAGAAAUUGCAACCAGCUGGUUUUUGAGGAAAAAUUUAAGACCAGGCACCAGGAGGCAGUGAACCUGACAUCUUGUCAAUUUUUUAGGCCUGCACUCAAGAAAUAUACUCUAAGCUGUGCAUUAAAAAUGGAAUGCAAAUUGAAGUGCAAGGCUUCCCAGUGGUUUCUUGUUUUUGGUAUAGCUGAAAUUUGUAAACUCUUUUGAUGUUUAUUUAGGUUGAAAAUGAAGGUAAGAUCAACAUAAUUUGACCUCUAGAACAAUUGUAUGCUUGCACAGGCAUUGAAGUUGGUCUGAUUGUCCUUCUAUUGUGGCCUUGUUUUCAAAGAGUUCAUAGGACAGUCAUUUCAUGGACUCAGAGCACAUCUUUUUUUUGCUGGAGCUUUGUUGGGCACAGGUUUGCCACAUGGUCUCCAAAUCUUCAAAAUGCAUUUUCAGAAUGAGUAAAGAGAUUAUACAGAAUGGAUAGAACAUGGCCUACCAAACUGUAAACAGGUGAUUGUUGUACAGUCACAAAGGUUGAUCUUUAGCACUAGUCAGUGCCACUAUGAGCAAAUGUGCCCUCAUUCUUUUCAUUGUAUCUGUGAGCACUCUACUGAUAAUUGUUUAGGAGUCUUAAUUUAUCACAAGCAAAGAAACAUCUCUUAAAAUCUUACAUUCAGUGUUCUUCAAAGUUACCAGAAGUUGGUAUAGUAAAAGUUUUCAUCCAGUGACUGAAAAAGGUGCUUAGGUGCCAACUGGUGCCCUCAUGUAAAGGUGAUAUCAAAACCGGAGAAAGUAAAUCAAUAUGUCUUGUAUAAUUACAUUAAUGCCUUUUUUUUAGUUCAUUAUUGUCAUGUAAUAAAUCAUUUUUAUCCUUUUGUUAGUUGCACUCCUGACUCGUGCUACUUUUGAUGUCAUCUUGCACUGAUCCAUGCGUGACUGUACAUUGGUUCAUCCUGUUUGGUCUCUUAAUUUAAGCUGUUUUUCUUCUGAAACUCUGCAGUUGUCUUGUGAUAGCAAUGUGAUUGGGUUAUUUUUUUUUUAAGAAUUUUUUUUUUCUAUCUAAGAGACAGUCAGUACCAAUAGACCACCAUCCCAAAUUCAAGCUAUAGUAGGUUUCUUUGAUUUCACAAUACUUUAAAACUUCAUUUUUAAAUUUUUUUUUUCUAGAAUUAUUGAUUUACACUUAAGAUGUGUGCAUUUGCUUUAUUGUCUAUUGACGGCUUAUUGUGUCACUUGUCAGUCUCAAUGCGAAAGUCCUGUUUCUUAAAAGAUGUUAUGUUGUGGUAAUGGUCAUUGCCUGCUGAAUAUAGUUUAAAACUCUUGUUUGGUUGUAGAGUAUACCUUGAUACAAAGGAAGAUAAUCAUUUGAGAAGUGAUGUAUAGAUUGUGAAUUCAACGAGAAACCAUUCCAUAUUUAACUUAAUUACAAGCUCCUCUUGAGAAAGAAUUUCAGUCUUGCAUGUAACGGUGACUGUGUUAAUUUAUUGAUUAAUUAAAAAAGAGACACAUAAAAAAAAUUUAUGUACUUAAAUAAACCGAAUUUCAGUUCAGUCUGUCUCUGAAACCCCAUGGGAGGAGUACUUUUAAAUAACUUUUAAUUUCACGCCUGCUUGCUAGCCAAAAAUGGUGUCCUAUUUAUGUUGAGUUAUGAUUGUCUAGUGCAUCAGAAAAGAGUCUCCAUUAUGUUAUUAUAUUUUUUGUAAGUUCUUUUGCUUCAUAAGGGGAUGAUUGUUUAGCCCAUUUAUUUUGUGGUGUAUUUCUCCACCCAUGUCUUUCAAUCAGAAGCUUUUUGCAGUUGCAUGAAACAUAAUCUGCCUUCCGGCUCAAAUCCAUCAUGUAAGGAAAUCCCACAGUCUAAUUGGCUACAUAUCAUAUCUGUUAUCUAACAGUAGUAAUUGUGUUUUUCAUUAUGUGGACAUCAGUAAGGAUUAUUCAAUGAGUACCAGAGACGCCGGCUGAAGAGUUAUGGUGUCUUAAAGAAUUUCUGUGAAAUAUUAAUAGCAUAAAACUUUAGAGACAUCUAGUUUUGAAGUGUAAUGUAUAUUAGAACUACUGUGCUGUAUUUUUCUCUGAGUAUAUUUAUGGCUUUUUGAUCCAAUUCAGUGAUAACUCAAUCAUCUCGUGCAAAGUUUUCUCAAUGUUCUUGUACAAAAAAAAAAGCUAGUAAGCCAGAAAGAGAUAAAGUGACAUAAUUAUCAAACAACAAAUGGAUGCUUAUAUUAAUUUAAUCUAGUCUUUUCUUGCAAUCUUUUCUUUUCAAUGGGGUUAUUGGUUGGUUAUAAGCUGUGUUUAUGGUGAAACCAUCAGCUUUUUAUCAUGUAGGGAGGGGACUUUGAUGGGAAAAGAAUGAAACUUACCCAAAUUGUCCUGUAGAAUUGGUCUUUAAACUGCAAAAUUUAUUCCUCAGUUACAAAAACUAUUCUUAAUCAACAUGUCAUUGAAUUGUUUUAAAAGCAGAAGUAGCUACUGAUGUAACUGUUAAUUAAAACCAUGAGACAGUCCCUGUAGGGAAAAAUGUGAGGUAACAAUAUGAAAUACUUUAUUGAAAAGGUUGAUUUUUAUUUUCCAGGUGCUGGUGAAUCUGGAAAAAGUACCAUAGUGAAACAGAUGAAGUGAGUAAAAUUUGAAAGACGGUUUUAUUCUGUGAAUGAUACAACCAUACUCAGAGAAAAAGAACUCCCAAUGUAUCUAUUAGAAGUCAAACUCUACAACCUUCUGAUCGUCCAUGUAGUAAUUCAGAUGUUUUAACACUGAGGUAUAGAAGACUUUUAGUAGGCAAGUCAAUAUGUGAUGCUUCUGUUCAAUAACAACGUCACGAAAGAUGGAAAAUUUUAAGUUUGGCAAUUUAAGAUUAUGCAAAUAUGAGAAAAAAUAUGGUAAAAAACAUACUUAAGGUAAAGUUUGACUUGCAUAUAUUUAAAACAUUCACAGAAAGAGGUUUCUUGGUUAACCUCUGCAGUUAACCAAGCAUAAGUUACUUAAUUUGAGUAACUGAUUGACAGUUCAUGAAUAAUUAAAACUACUUUUUACAUCUAAUAGGAUUAUUCAUGAACAUGGCUAUACUCAAGAAGAAUGUGCACAAUACAGACAAGUAGUGUAUAGCAACACAAUACAGUCCAUGAUUGCUAUUAUCAGAGCAUUAGGGACACUAAAAAUUGAAUUUGGUCACGGCGACAGAGCAGUAAGUUUAUAGUUACUUGUAUCACUUUACUCUCUAACAUCAGCACAGGGCGUGAAAUUAAUUUUUUUUCUCUGAUAGCCACUUAGCUCCUAAAUUCUUCAAAGUGGUAGUCAAUUCAAAAAAAGUUGGUUGCCAUUUUCAAAGACAGACUAAACCUUUCUGUAUGCUGUCAGCAUUCUAGAUAGACCCUCAAAAAUUAGGUUGGGGAAAAGAUCUUUAACGUACUACUAAGUGAACAUUAGGAUGGAUGAUAUACAAUGCUCAAGCUUACCUAAAUCCAGGAUGGCGUCUAGUUAUUGAUCGAGUUUCAAGUGCUGCAUUUUGGAAACAAACUUAACGGGGAUUAUCUUUGCAAAUCUUUUUAAUUCACUAUGUCUCUUGGUAGGAUUCUGAUGAAACAUUCUAGUCGCCAAUUUGGCGACUAAUUUUCAGAAUUUGGUCGCCAAAGUAAAAAAUUUAGUCACAUUGGCGCCUGUAUUAGGUGCAAUUUCAUGGCCUGCAGCAUGUAUUGUCUCAAUACUGUUAUCUUUACAUUUCCUCUGUGCUGACAAGGAGAAUUUGUUUGACAAUCAGGAGCUUCCUAAAUUACUGAUCAUUUCUUUUAUUGUUGUGACUGUUACAUUUAACUCGAGGGUGAUACUGUAAAGAUGAAUGAGUGGCCAGUCACUUUUAAGGGUUCAAAAUCAUUAGUGAUGUAUCAAUGAAUUGAAAGGUUGUGGAUGUGCAAAUGUGUCCUCCAAAAGAUGAACCCAUCCACUUCCAGGAGAGGUUAAAGAAAGGAAGUGAAAGUACUGCUAAGGUGAACUGUGUUGUCAAAGGACACAACACAAUGACCUGGCCAGAUUUCAAACCCACACCUCUUAACCUGGAGUCCAGCAUGUUAACUUUUAGGCAAAUGCGUUUUCCUCUACAGAGUUUACAAUAACACCUCAGAUUUGUGAGAGCCUUAACAUGUACAGUACUGCUCACAUAUAUGUUAAAUAUGCAGACAAAUUUCAUACGCUUAAAUGUGAGGUAGUCAGAUGCAUAUAAAUGAUUUUUUUUGCAUGCAAUUGAAAAAAAAAGGGUGACUCUGGCCUUUGUUAUUCAAUGCUCUAAGUUUCCUUUGUACUACAUUGUUGUGUAAACAAAAAGCAAUGAGUUGACAAUCGGAAAUUUACACAUAUAUUGCAUUGCUUUGCGAAUUUAUCAAUUACAAGCUGUAGCAGUAGACUUGCUUGAUUUGAGUUGUUGAUGAAUCAGCUGGGAAGGAAAAUGUCACUUACACAAGGCAUCAAAACACGUGUUAUUAAGCAGGUAACAAAGCGAAAACUCACUAAUAUGCUUCUUAAUUAAUUCAUUGCCAUCAACGCUCAAAUGUUUAUGCAGCAGAAUGCAAACAGUUUGGUGUUUGCAUCACAGGUGACAAUUUCUUCAAAACUUCAAACUUACCUUGAACACCCUCAAUGAGGAUCAGAAGGAAAAUGUACUACAUGUAUUAAGAUGGUGAAUGAUGAUUUAUUUUAUUCAUUGCAAUUGGCACUCACUUCAGUGUUUACACACCAGAAUGUAAACAAUUUCAUUUUGCAUGGCACGUGAUGAUUUGUUUGAUUGCAGAACGCAUUAUAUUACAAUGAUAAAAGGUCAAGUUUGAGUAAAUCACAAUCACAAUCUAACUGCCUGACUCUUGCUGAAAGCCCAGACAUGGAUCCCAUAGCGCUCCUCUGGCACAAACUGAAAAUGUUCUUGCAUUGCGUUGUCAACUCAACCAAAAAGGACAAAUUUGUCACAGGCAUCUAUUGGUUCUGGGAAUCUGUGACUGCUGCGAAGUGUUGCAAAUACAUUAGCCACAUCUGAAAAGUUAUUCCUUCUGUAGUCCAAUGCAAAGGAAGAGCCUUGGACUACUAGCAGCUCCUUUAGGAGCUGCCAAUUUUACCAGUCUUGUAUUACCAUGUUGACAGGCACAAGUUCAAUUACAGCUGUAUUGAUGUAUUGCCUAAUUGCACGUGCCAGCAAGUCUUAAACAAACAUGUAUCUGGUAUUUAAUUUCUUUCCCUUCCCUUUUUCGAGCAACUUGAUGAAUGUCAUUCAAUGAUUUGACAAAUAUUAAAAGAAGAAGAAAAUCCGGCUUCCUAUAAAAAUUUGCAAGUCAGGACUAGACAUAGUCGUAUGUGACAGGUAACCAUACACACAACACCAUUAAAACAAGGAAGUAGAACUUAUUUAGUUUUUGUAUAAAUGGCCAGAUGAAUGAACCAGUUUUUGAGAACAGCAUAUUCACUGAUGAUAAAAGCUAUGUAAUAAGCAUUUGCAUGUGGCUUUGCUUUCAGAAUGUGACAACUGAUUGUAAACAGGUGCCUUAGCUGAUUCUACUGAAUUAUGAUACACUAAGAAAAAAUUUAUUUUUAAUAAAUUCCCAAGCUUUUGCAACUCAUGCUUUUUGAUAGGCAGACAUAUCAAGUUUAUGUGCGCAUGUGCAAUUUUUUUAUGCUUCUAAUUUUUUUAUUCACAAUUGCAUGCAAUCUUUGGCAUAUUUUAUUUGCGUUUUUUUGGUUAACAUAUGCGCGAGCAGUACUGUAGGUACUUGGGAGGUAAGAGCACCGAUGUGUUUAUGUGCUUGACUUAAACUUCUUCCUCUGCUUGUUGCAGGAUGAUGCCAGAGAGCUUUUUGCAUUAGCAGGAAGCAUGGAGGAUGUGAAGUUCACACCAGAACUUGUAUCAAUCAUGAAGAGAUUAUGGAAUGAUAAUGGAGUCCAAAACUGUUUUGCAAGAUCAAGAGAAUAUCAGCUAAAUGACUCUGCAGCAUAGUAUGUACAAUACAAUCUUUUUGUUAUUUCUGUAGACAUUGGCUAUAAGCUGCACCUUUUUCCCAAAACAGGGGUGUGUUAUCUGAAAGAAUAUCUGGAAAAGUGCCCAAAUUUGUAUUAAUGAUUACUAUUCAUCAAAUAUGCCUGAGUCUGUAUCAAAUGCUUAGCUAUUAUCUUUGAAUGACCUGGUAAACAAACUUAAGAUUUCUUGUUUUUUUAUAAAAUUCUUUACGUAAAGCUAAAAUUGUAGGUAAGGAUUCAAAGUAUUCUAGUGAGUGAGUUUACAUGGAUUUGCGUUUGAUGAUGUUACCAACUUAAAGCAACUUUCUCAAUACUCCACUUGUGAUCUCUUUCAAUUGCGGCUUAUCUGCGACUGCAGCUUAUCCGACAGUGUUUAUGGCAAUAAGUAAAGGUUAUUAGAAACAGAUCAUUUUGAAAAACUUUUAUACCAUGAGAUUGCUCUUUGUUGAAACUUAUGUUAGACAAUUGACUUACAUCCACUUUAAACUUUGUACGGUAAUUGAAAAGCUAUUUCAAACCUAUUUGUAGUCAUUCAUUUUCUUAGAUUUUUUUGGAUUGUUUGUGCCAUUAUACUCUUUCCUUGUUGCUUUAAGGUUACUUUCUACCUUCACAGGAGUCUUUUUGGGAAAAAUUUGUAUGAAUGCCAGUUUUACUAAAAUCCUAGCAAACUAUACAUCAGAAGAAAGCUUAAUAACUGCAGUUUACAAUAUAAAUGUAAUUUAAGCGAAUUUUCUCUUAAGGAAGUGUCAGGAGCCGGUAAUGCGUGAAACAAUCAAAGGUUCUUAUGUUGAAUUCAUUGGGUAUCGGAUGUUGCAGCACGAGCAAAAUGGCUUUACAGUCUUGUUUACAAGGCUUCAAUCAACAAAUAUUUUUUUCAGUAUUCUGAUUGGUGGUUUAGAUAUUGGCCUAGCUAAAAAUAUAAUAAAUCUAAUAUAUUUAGAUAUUGGGGUAGCUAAAAAUACACCAAGUGUGCUGUGUAAAUGGAUGCCACAGGACAAGUACUUCAGAUAUCAAAAUUUCCCAACAUACUUUCUUUUGUCACUAUUCCUGGAAUGUUUUGGUGAAAUUUGACAAAAAUUGUUCAAAUCUCUAUACCCUAAAAAAUUUGCUUAAAGAGGUUGUAUUCCUCCUAAAAUCAAAUGGGAGAUUUUAGCUCAAAAAGGUUUGCAAACAACUCCUGCUACACAAGGAGAUUAUCUCACCUCCUGAAACUGCAAACCAUUGGGAACACAGGACCUCCUGGCAUCAUUGACAAUGUAUUAAGAUUUCCUGGGAAAAGUAACCAAUUGCAGACACAUGUUUUUAAUCUUGAUCACUCAGUGGAGCACUGAGGAGGAUGACACAAUAAUAAGCAAAAGUGCCAAAGGCAAAAGAAAAACCUGUGGCAUCGAUGAAAAAACUGGAAAAUGUACUGAGGAGCAAGACAGUUGACAGCUUUCAAAAUUAUGAUUUGAGUCAAUUGUUGAUGUUUUUGUUUUAAGGCUGGUACUUGCGUAAAGAAAAGGAAACCUCAUUUUUAGCAUUAUGUAUGGCAAAUUUCAGUUUAACAGCAACUUCUUUGUUCAAAAUCAAUCUGGACGCCAGCAUGGAGCUCUCCCAAUACCAGUUGCUUUCACAAAGGAAUUUUUUUCUUUUCUUGACAGAAUUGUACUCUUUCUUUCCUCUCUAGACAUGGUUUUUUUUUUCUUUUUUACCAUCGACUUCCUUCCUCUUUUGAUUUUUCCAUUUGCAAAGAUUUUUUUUGUAAGCAAAGAGCUUCCACAUGUACAUUUUGUCAAGUUCCAGAUGUAAACAAAAUAUAGAAAUAAGGUGAAAAUGAGCCUCAAUAUAGGCAGCUGCUGAGAUUAUGACACCUUCCUGAUUUAUUAACUUAUAUUUGAAAAUAUAUUUUUAACUUGUGAAUUGCGCGCAUGCACAAUAGCAAGUUGUAGGUACGAUGUGGGGAAUAGCACUCGCUCGCUUGCUUGAUUGGUCGAUUCCUGUAAACUUUUUUUCGAUUUUAGGCUUUUGAGUGCAUUUGAUAGUUUUUGGCAAGCAAUAAACAAACGAAAUGGCGACCUUUGUUGCUAAGAAUAGUGGUGGGGUGAAAAAGAAGCCAAUGAUAAUCUUAAAAGAGUUUUUUUUUUUUGUUUAAGUUUCAACAAGCGGCGCCAGCGACUGGCAGGCAUGCAAGAAUUCACACUGAAAUAACAGAACAACCUUCGUUUUUCAUAAAAUUGUAAUUUACAAUCCUUGAACUUGAAAAUAAUCCAAAGAUUCAUUGAAAAUAUCAGUUACUGCGAAGUGCUCAGAGUUUACAGAUGUUCAAAAGCUUUUUCUGUUAUGGCGUGAGAUUGACAACAAAAUCAAUCAUUACGCUUUGUAUCGUGUGUUUUUCCUGUGUGAAUCAACAGAAGAUGCCGGCGACUGAUGAAAUUACAAGUUAACACAAAAAUCAAAUAACACCUAAACAAACAAUUUUAGCUACCGAUUUUCAGUGAAUUUUUAAAGAACAAUUUUCUUUUAAGUUUAAAGACAAUUUGAAGAUUCAAAAUACAUAUUACAUAAUAAAAUGCGAAAGUUAUACACCACAAAAUUGAUAAAUAGGCCUGAAAUGAAAUUCUAUCUUGUUAUUGAUUCAGUACGUCGCCUAGCACAAGACUAAAAUCUGCCCAGGCGGAGAUUCUAAAUGAUGGUGACAGUCUUGGCUUAGUUAUAUCACUCAAAACUCGUUCCCGUUUGUCUCAUUUGAUAACAAGGGAAUCGUUAAUGUUUUCAUUAAGACAGGAUUGCCUUGAUUUUCUAAUAUUUACAAUGAUAGACAGUAAAUUUCACUUUUCACCCACAUUUACUUCCAACCUUUUCUUUUGAACCAGAAACAAAAAUGAUAUACGUUUAAAACACGACAUCAUCCACCCUUGUCAAAUGUAAUAGCAUGAUCAUUUCAAUUGUAAUGCCUUCUUAUCCCAACAUUACUUUGUUUCUUUGCUACAUUAGCAAACACUGAACUACUGCUCAUACUCUAGAUAUGACAAUCAACCACAAAAUUCCCAAAACCAGAUAACAUUAAACAUAAUCCAAAAAAUCGUGUGUCAAUUCACAAGUUUGCUCACAGAGCACUUUGAUUCUAACUAACCCAGAUGCUUUUAAAGACUUCAGAAAAAUUUUUUUAGGAAACAUCAGUUUGAAUGUUUGAAUUCAGUGUAGUCAAAUAAAAGAAAGAUCUAUAUUUUCAGCCUCUGAAGGUGGGAAGUAACCUCUACUUGUGGAAGUAUUUAUUUAUUUAUUUAUUUAUUUAUUUAUUUAUUUAUUUAUUGUGCUCAGUAUUUUCUUUCUUGAUAAAUUUUAGCUUUUGUUUAGACUGAUAUUGAACAGUGUAUACCCAGGUUUUUCAUUUUUUUUUUUCAUAUUUUUCUUAUUUAUAGUUACCUGAAUGCACUUGACAGACUAGGGUCACCAGAUUAUGUCCCCACAGAGCAGGAUGUCUUAAGAACAAGAGUGAAAACCACUGGUAUAGUGGAGACUCAUUUUACAUUCAAAGAUCUCCACUUCAAGUAAGUAAACAUAUUCAAAUAAAUCAUGUCUUUAAGGAUAUGGUGGACCUUUGCUGGUGUCUUUCACCUAAAGAAGCAUGACUACCAUUAGCUAUAAGUCAAUGGAGAGGUUAUGAAAUGCACCAUCUGGAAAAAACUUUUUCUGUGUUAGCUCAGUCCAAUUGUAAACUGACUGAGAAGUGACAAUGCUAAACUGGCAAUAUCUUGUGCUAAUUAAUCUGGCACCAAACUUGACUACACAAAUUAAACUUCUGCACAGUUUCGAUACUGAGGGGUUGGUCUUUAAAACUGCGUGGGGCUUUCCCAUAUUCUCAAUGGUGCGCUUGCAAUUUUUCCAUCAAGGUUGCUUAUCAAAGCUGCAUUUUUUUUUUUAUUUGUUGCAAAUUAUAGAUUUUUGUAUUCUCCAAGUAAUGGGUUUAUCUGAAGUUCCCUUGGUAGUUACCCUUUAACUCCUAUGAUUGACUAAGACAUAAUUUCUCCCUACAAUAACAAUACAAUAUCAAGCAGACAAAUGAUGAGAACGAAGAGAAAGUAAUUAUGGGAUUAUCAGUUGAUCCAAUGCCAAAUUCUCCAAACUAACCUCAUGAGAAUCAUCUGAGAUCUUGAGUGUGAUAGGGUUCUUUAAUAGUUAACCAAAUGUAUGGUCAGUGAAAAUCUUGUUUAGAAGUCUGUAAUUUCUUACAUUCUUGUUUUGACUGAUUCACUGGUUUAAAUUUCUCAUAUUUUUUUUGUUAAAUUGUAGAAUGUUUGAUGUUGGAGGACAGAGAUCUGAGAGGAAGAAGUGGAUUCACUGCUUUGAAGGAGUCACUGCUAUAAUUUUCUGUGUGGCACUGAGUGCUUAUGAUUUGGUCCUGGCAGAAGAUGAGGAAAUGGUGAGAAAAUUUAUUUUGUUUGUUAUUCCACUCAAACUUUAAAUUGUGAUAAACAUAUUAAAUUCUUCUUUAAAAAUCCUUACAUUAGCUGGAAAAGAGGCAGUAAAGUUAUGGAUAUGCUUUUGGUAGAGUUUUUAUCUUGAUUUUAGUUCCAUUCUCUCACCCAAGAGUUAAAAAAAUACUAAGCAGCUGGAGUUAAUAAGUAAACUUCAUAUCCCAUGAGUUAGGGCUAAGAUACAUGUACAUACAGGUGUCUACUUCUAGCUAAUAAGGAUUUUUAGUGAACCAAAACAAGAUUGGCAACAAGGACAUGAUAGAACAAGAUCUAACAGGCAGAACAAUAGCUCAGCAUCUGUGUUUUAAACUUUGUACAAUUCUUAGUUGUUCUCUGUGCAAUAUUAAUGAAAAACUAAACUUUGUGUGUGAUCUGAGAAAAGAAGUUAAUUGAAAUUCAAUAUGGAAUUCAACUCUGUUGAUAAAUGUUAUGCAGAAGUUGAGUUAUGUUGCCGUAAGGGAUGGUAAACACAUCCAGCCAUUUGCAAAAUUUUAGCUUUAAUAUAGAUUCCUUUGGUAAUUGAUGCCUUUUUUUUAAUUUUGUGGCAUUGCCAUCCUGACUGCUUAAGGUCCCUAAUCUUGAAGAUGAUACUUAGAAAUGUGGUUAUUUCUAGCCCAUCUUUGGUUUAUAUGAAGUUUCUGAUGUGUAGAGUUAAAUGAACAGGCAGGUUUUUGUUAUGGUAAAAUUGCAAUAAGGUCAUGGUAUCUAAUUACCAGCCAGCUGAGUUAAUGGCUUAGGUGAAUGUAACUCUGUAGAGGUUAACCACUGAAUGUGCAAUAUGUAAGUUUCUAAGCACAUGUUUAUCAAAGGAUCAACAGAUGUAGUUGUUGCUUCAAUUCUUUUGGCUUAAUUUGUGAAACUGCUGGUCUCUGUUUUGCAGAACCGUAUGAUGGAAAGCAUGAAGCUGUUUGAUUCCAUCUGCAACAAUAAAUGGUUCACAGACACAUCCAUUAUUCUCUUCCUCAACAAGAAAGAUUUGUUUGCAGAGAAAAUCACCAAGUCUCCUCUGACAAUCUGCUUUCCUGAAUACACUGGUAAAGAUUUGUUCUUGUCAUUGUGUCCGGCAGUACAACUUUCAGUAAUUUGAUUAGAUACACAGUACUUGCCUUUACUUUCUUUGUCUACAAGAUUUAUAAAUGCAAUGGUUUGUUAACUCUACUCAAUUGUUAGUUCAAUAUGGAAAAGAAUAGAGAGUUGUGUGGUGAUAAGGAAACAAGAGUUCAUGCAUGUUCUGGUCAAGAUAAUUCAUUGAAUCUGCUUGGUGCUAAGUCAAUGAAUUGUAUCUUCAACAUUUUUAGGCUCAAACACGUAUGAGGAAGCUGCUGCAUACAUUCAGCUUCAGUUUGAAAAUCUGAACAAAAGAAAAGACACCAAGGAGAUCUACACACAUUUCACAUGUGCCACUGACACAAACAACAUCCAGUUUGUGUUUGAUGCUGUCACUGACGUCAUUAUCAAGAACAACCUCAAAGACUGUGGACUGUUCUAAGCUAUCAAUUACUAUUUGAGCAGUAAGUUGCUUUUCUUAUGCUAUAUAUUUCCUAUAUCUGCUCACAGAGUUCUCUCACCAUGUGGCUUUGGUUAAGAAUACAGCAGAGCAAACAUGACACGAAUAUGUUUAACUUGCCAUUUCAGCCACCUCACAAUGUUUUCAUCUUGUACAUUAAAAUUGGAAACUUAUCUGUGUUCAUGAAGUUGCUAUCUUUUGAGCUGCCCAUUGCUUUUUCUUUUGAGGGGAAAAAAAGGUGUUCAGUGUCUUUUUAUGGACCAAUACUCGUCUUUUUAAACAACAUAAAGAAACAAAAUCAUGAAAAUGUGUAUUCUGUCCAACAUUUGCAAGUGAACAUAUGAGGGUCUGUAUUUCUGUUAGUACAGUGUUUGUUUGAUUAAUCUCUGUCACAGGAGUGUGUGCACCAAGAAGAGCGAGUUAUCCCUUUCAUUCUCUAGAUCUCAUUAGUAAUUCUCCUUACUUUCUGCUAUACAAUUCUUAUCAUGUUGGUUCUGAGAAUUUGGUAUUGGGACGACUGGUAAUCCUCUAAUUGAUAUUUUUAUUUAUUCUCGUCACUUGUCUGCUUGAUAUAGUAUUUAUAUUUUAGGCAGAAAAUUCUGUCUUAGUCACUUACGAGAGUUGAAAGGUUAGUUUCAUGGGUCGUAUGGAUUUCUUGUUCUUUUUUAGGUCUGAGGGAUGGUGUAUUUGUACAAAAGAUGUCCUGAAGAUUAGUUUUGUGUACAGACCAAGGCAGAUGUUUUUAUAUAAUGUCAAGUAAUUUAUCUCUGCUCUCCCCAUUAUGUGACCUCAAACAGUUAAAAAAACCUAAUGAGUAUUAAUUAUCGUACACGCCCAACAUGGCCGUUGACAGAAUUUCACGAGAUCAUAAAAGAAUUUAAAAGUCACUCAAAACUAUUUCAGUGUUGUAAAAAGAAACAGCUAUGAAUCUAAUUUAAUUUAACAGAGGCACUUUGAGGGAAAAAGUUGAAUUACUGGACACUUUGUUUUGUAUGUUAGUUAAGCUUGUAAUUAGUAAUGCAUUAUUAUGUCAGCAGAGUGACUUGAUUAACAUAAAAAAGAAAAAAAAGAAGAAAUAUGUCUAUGAUGUAUUACUUAAUGCUUUUAUGGAGGAGGCUGAAAGGAACGAACAAUAUUUAAAAAAACUUAAACUUCUGCCAAGGGUUUGAUAAAAAAGAGUCAGUUACAGCAAUAAAACGUGCAUCACAUCAGAUAAUUUUGUUCUUUUGAGAGAAAUUAUCGAACAGUUAUGACUUCAAGGAGGCUGAGUUAUUUCCAACAGUUUGCUUACUGUGGUGUGAAACAUUGAAAUAGUAACUGAACUGAACUGAACUGAAAAACGCCAAGAUCAGUGGAAGGGUGAA